UGUUUAGUCAGUACAACAGAAGUCUGGCUUAUUUUUAAAAGUUUAUAUUUCACAUAUGUAUGAGUAAUUAAAAUACCCCCUGCAGUAAAGUAACGACGUGUGAAGAUUCGAAGCAUAUCGUUAUGUGGGACUCUGCAACGUUUCUCGGAGCGCUUACUCCCAAAUUCUAUGUUGCGUUAACCGGCACUUCAUCACUUAUCUCUGGCUUGAUCCUCAUAUUUGAGUGGUGGUAUUUUCGGAAAUAUGGCACGUCGUUUAUAGAGCAGGUAUCAUUGGCCCAUUUGGGUCCAUGGUUAGGCGGCGGCGAUACUGAGACCAGUGCAGCGACAGAAUGUAAAGUGUGGCGUAAUCCAAUGGCAUUACUGCGGGGGGCAGAAUAUGGACGACUGUGGACCGCUGCUCGUCGUGCUCCGCUAACUUAUUAUGAUAUGAAUCUCUCAGCACAAGAUCAUCAAGCUUGGUUCUCAUGUGGUGCUGAGGGUCCUGCGGAAGAGGCGAUGGCACGUGCAUGGCGGGAACGUGAGCCGGCAGCACGAGUGGCGGCGGCACGUGCGGCUUUAGCGUUACGUCCUGAUUGCGCCGCAGCAUUGCUAUUAUUGGCGGAAGAGGAUGCACCCACUGUGCAGGAGGCCGAGCGAGUGCUGAAAAGAGCGUGGCGCGCAGCGGAGACAGCGUGGCGGUCACACGCAGCGUUAGGCGGUGGCGCACUCGCGCGACGUGACGCUGCACUACUGGCGCACAUCAAGCGUCGAGCGGCGAUGUGCGCUAGACGGCUCGGUCGCUUAAGGGACUCUGCACGUCUAUUUCGUGAACUAGCGCGGGACGCUCCGCCUGCUUUACAUGCGUUGGCGUUACAUGAAAAUUUAAUUGAGGUAUUAUUGGAGCAGCGCGCGUACGCAGAUGUGCAAGCUUUACUCGCGCGUCACGACGACUCUGGCGCCCCACGCUCUGCUACCGUGUGUUACACCGCCGCGUUACUGCGCGCACGUCAAGCUGCCGCACUACCACCGCGUUCGCCAGCCGAAAUGCUCGCGCUAGAGGCCAUCCGUCGCGCGAUAGAGUUCAAUCCGUACGUCCCUGAAUACCUCCUCGAGUUGCGGCCGUUGACGUUGCCACCGGAGCACGUGCUCAAACGUGGCGACAGCGAGGCGGUCGCGUACGCAUUCUUCCACCUGCGUCACUGGCGUGCGGCAGAUGCUCUGAGGUUGCUCGCCGUCGCGUGGCAGGCUGAGAGGGGCGCGCGGCCGGGCAGAGGCCUAGCGAGACAUGGAGGAUGCGUACAAUGUGCCGAUCGCGAGUUGCUCCCGGCACACCAUGCGGCGGCGACGCGUCGUCGUGCGCCUGCGCUGUUACCAUUAGCGGCGGCGCUUUGUGCGCUUACCGCUCUGCUAGCGCUGUUAGCGCAUCGCUGGCCGGCCACCGCGCACGCAGCCGCUCGAGCUGCCGCCGCCGCUGCUGCAGGACUUGAUCCUAGACGAUUGCAGGCCUUACUCGCUGCGGUCUAAUUAUAAAUAAACAUAUUAUAUAAGGAA